AUGUCGAUGAAACCGGCAUUAACUCUGAACAUAAACCUGGCCACGGUCCUUGCAUUGAAGGGUAGCAGGCCUGCUGCUAUCAAGUCAUCCAGAUCUUCCACAAUCACUGUAAUUGCUUGUGGGAAUGCAGUGGGUACAUGCAUGCCACCUUUCAUCAUAUUCAAGGGUAAGAGAAAGCAAACAGAAUUAUCCGAAAAAUGUACGGCAGGAACUGAGAUCAGAAUGUCAGAAACUGGGUGGUCUAACACCGAACUGUUUAAGGACUUUUUGGAAACCCAUUUUCUGAAAUAUAGUAUGGGAAGUGAUGCUGAUUACAAACUGCUACUUUAUGAUGCGCAUGCAAGCCACAUCAACAUUGGAAUGAUAGAGUGGGCCAGGGAACACAAGAUUGUUUUAUUUGUUCUUCCACCUCAUACCAGCCAUGUAACACAGCCAUUGGAUGUUGGAUGUUUUGGGCCAUUCAAAAGACACCUAUAUGCUGAAUGUGCUGCUUUCGUGAGGACAAAUUCCAUACAGACCAUCACAAAGUACAAUCUGGGAGAACUUGUAUGGAAGGUGUAUCCUACUGCUCUUUCAUCAAAGAACAUAAUUUCAAGUUUCAAGAAGACAGGAAUAUACCCAUUAUUGACAGCAGCCAACUUUCCAUGUGGUCGGUCUUCACAGGACACCAUCCACAAGACAGGCCUUCAGGUAGCAACACAGAAGCAUUUUUUGAAAAAAAAGAUCCGAUGA